AUGAGAGAAGAGCAAAUAGAGAAGCUGCGAGGGGUAGUGCGCGACUGCGUGAGCAAGCACUUAUACUCCUCGGCCAUUUUCUUCGCCGAUAAAGUCGCCGCUUUCACCAACGACCCCGCCGACAUCUACAUGCAGGCUCAGGCUCUCUUCCUCGGCCGCCACUACCGCCGUGCCUACCACCUCCUCAACGCCUCGAAAAUUGUCCUUCGCGACCUCCGCUUUCGCUACCUCGCUGCCAAAUGCCUCGAGGAAUUGAAUGAGUGGGACCAGUGUUUGUUAAUGCUUGGUGAUGCAAAGGUUGAUGAGCAUGGGAAUGUGUAUGACACCAAAGAUUGCAAUGCUAUGUACUUAGAUAAGGAUAGUGAAGAUCGUGAGAUCAAUAUUUCUGCAGCAACAUGUUUCCUAAGAGGCAGGGCUUAUGAAGCAUUGGAAAAUCGUGCACUGGCACGACAGUGGUACAAAGCUGCUAUCAAGGCUGAUCCUUUAUGUUAUGAGGUUGGAAGUGUGAAUGAUGGUUGUAUCUCCAUUGUUUCCCAGGCUUUGGAAUGCCUUAUUGAAAAUCACAUGCUCACAUGUGAAGAAGAAACAAGUCUGCUUUCCUCCUUGCAAUUUGGUCAAGAAGAUGGGUGGCUCUCUUCAUUCUACUCGUGUUUGAUAAAAAAGUAUGACAAAGAGAGUGUUAUAGAAGCCAAAUUCAGAGAAGUUGAAAAAGAAAGCUGCAAUAGCAAUCCUUCUAGCCCAUCUUUCAUGCAUACUCUAAAAAACAAUACCGAUCUUUUGGCCUGCAAAGCAGAGUACUUCAAUCAGUGUGGUGAAUAUCAGAAAUGCUUUGAACUAACUUCAGAUCUUCUUGAGAAAGACCCUUUUCAUUUGAAAUGUACUUUGGUACAUUUAGCUGCUGCUAUGGAGCUUGGAAAUUCAAAUGAGCUCUAUCUUAUGGCAUCUAACUUAGUGAAGGAUUAUCCUCAAAAGGCUCUCUCAUGGUUUGCUGUUGGCUGCUACUACUACUGUAUCAAGAAGUAUGAUCAAUCCCGGCGUUAUUUCAGCAAGGCUACGAGUCUAGAUGGAACCUUUGCACCUGCUUGGAUUGGCUUUGGGAAUGCAUAUGCUGCUCAAGAAGAGGGAGAUCAAGCAAUGUCGGCAUACCGCACUGCUGCUCGUUUAUUCCCAGGUCUGGGCCAUGAGCUGGCUGGCUUUCUAGCUGAAGAUUCUUUUAGGUGCCAUUUACCAACUUUGUAUAUUGGGAUGGAGUACAUGCGAACCCACAGCUAUAAGCUUGCUGAGCAGGCAAAGACGAUUUGCCCUUCAGAUCCACUUGUCUACAAUGAACUUGGUGUUGUUGCUUAUAAUAUGAAGGAGUACAAUAAGGCAGUGUUGUGGUUUGAGAAGACUUUGAAGCACAUUCCAUCUUUAAGUCAAUUGUGGGAACCAACUGUUGUUAAUCUUGCCCAUGCCUACAGAAAGUUAAAGUACGUUUUAAAAUUUGUUGGAGUGGGUAGUUAUGCUCUCAUUUUACCAGUUGCUUCUUGCCAUAUAGGGAUGAUUAGUUUAUGUUCUGCAUUUGUUCUUCAAUCCACAAUUGCUGAGGUCUUUGUCAACCUGAAUGAAAAGAUUUACCAUGAAGCAAUUUCAUGCUACGAGAGAGCACUUACGUUAUCACCUAGAAGCUUGAGUACUUAUGCUGGUCUUGCAUAUACUUAUCAUUUGCAGGAUAACUUUACUGCUGCAAUUACAUACUACCACAAGGCUUUAUGGCUGAAACCAGACGAUCAAUUUUGCACUGAAAUGUUGAGUUUGGCACUUGUAGAUGAAGGUCGUCGAGGCAUAGACCCCAAAAUUGAAUUCCGCUAA